AUGUCAAGCGAAGAGAAUCAAUUCAAUGUCCAAGGUUACAACAUUGUAACUAUUCUUAAAAGGCUAGAAGCAGCGACUUCUAGGCUUGAAGACAUAACUGUUUUCCAAGAAGAAACAAAUAAACACAAAAGCCAGCAACAAUCAAACCUUCUCAAAUCCAGCGUUAAUGAAGACAAGCAGAUUGAAGGAGACGGCUUGGUGGGUUCAAGUGUUGGCAAUGAAAGCUUGCAAUCCACCUCAAUUGACCCGUCAGUAGCACCACCGCAACUGCAGCAACAGCACCAGCAACUGCAACUGCAACAGCAACAGCAGCAACAAAAAAGCCAACUUUCGUCGAAAGAAGUUUCCAAAUCAGUUGCAGCAUUUGAGCAGUUUGUCCAUGAAUAUGUCCAUCCCUUUGUUGAGACGUCAAUUCAGAUAGACUCGUUAGUUGGAGAGUCUGCUCAGUUAUUUGGUGAAGCUUUCAGCGAUCAGGAUCAUUUUUUACAACUUGUCAGUCAAUGUCAAAAACCCGAUAUGACAGGACCUGCUUUUGUAAAGGUAUUCACUCCCAUGAAUGAGAAAAUAACUCAAAUCACCACCUUAAAGGAUGACAACCGUAAAUCGACAUACUUUAAUCAUUUGAAUUCCUUGAGCGAAAGUGCAGCUAUAUUUUAUUGGAUAGGAUCUACAACACCUGUUUCAUACAUAUCAGACACCAGAGAUAGCGCCAAAUUCUGGUUAGACAGAGUUUUGAAAGAUUUCAAAGGUAAGGACAAGAUCCAUGUUGAUUGGGUAAACCAGGUUUUGAAGAUUUUUGAUGAGCUCAAAAUAUAUGUAAAGGAGUUCCACGCUACUGGACCCUCAUGGAACUCAAAGGGCAAGUCCUUUGAUGAAGCUGUUGAGAGCACACAAGAUACUCAGACAGUGCUGGAGUCUGGUGGUGAUAAUUCACAAUCUGCACCAUCUGCACCACCGAUCCCACCGGCACCGCCAGCCCCACCGGCAUCGAUAUUUGAAAGUUCAUCUGACACUGCUGCUGGUGAUGGUAGUGGAGGUAGUAAUAAUAGUAGUGGCUCUUCACAAGGGGGAUUGAAUGCUGUUUUUGCCCAAUUGAAUAAAGGCUCAGCAAUCACUUCUGGAUUGAAAAAGGUUGAAAAAUCUGAAAUGACUCAUAAGAAUCCCGAGUUGAGGAAACAACCACCUGUAGCACCAAAGAAACCCAAAAACCUAUCGCAAAGUGCCACCGCUAUCACGACUUUGGAAACACCAUCUUCAUCAUCGCCAGUCGCUGUUAAAAAGAGCCCAAAAAGAGAGCUAGUUGAUGGCACUAAGUGGAUCAUUCAAAAUUUCACUCAAAACGAUACACAGACACCAAUUGUUAUUGAAACUGAAAUGCAUCAAUCUGUGUUUAUAGGAAAUUGCGAAGGUGUUACAAUACAGUUAAAGGGAAAAGCAAAUGCCGUUUCUAUAUCGGAAACCAAAAGUAUUGGGGUAGUUAUUGAUUCGUUAAUAUCAGGUAUUGAAGUAAUUAAAUCACACAAGUAUGGUUUACAAGUUAUUGGACUUGUGCCAAUGAUUAGUAUCGAUAAAUCAGACGAAGGUCAUGUUUACUUGUCUAAAGAGAGUAUCGAACAUGACUGUCAGGUAUUUACGAGUAACAGUACCGCAUUAAACAUCAAUAUUCCAGAAGAAAAUGACGAUUUUAAGGAAUUGGUUGUUCCUGAACAAUUUGUAUCGGUUGUGAAGAAUGGUAAAUUAGUCAGCGAGAUUGUUGAACACGUUGGUUGA